GGUAUGUCGACCUAUGGGCUGGGUGAUGCCAAGUGUGCUUCGCACCAGUCAGCUCAUGAGUGCAACCCUGGGCUUGGUGCCCACAUGUCAUUCAUUGUACCCUACUCGAAGAGGUAAUAAGUGGUUUCGCUUCUAUUCCGUAUACGUCCGAGGACAUACAUGGCGCCUUCAUACGGUGGUGAGAGGUAAUAAAACAGACUUAUGUCAACUUAGAUACAUUCUUUAUUGUUUUCAGAUAAGCUUUGAAACCCAUUAUCCUGGAUAGCGCAAAUCUAAGCAUCCAGAAAAAGAAUGAUGGUAAACAUGGAGCCCAUAGCGGUCACCGGAUUCUCCUUCAGGCUGGCGCAGGGGGCUGAAGACGAGGCCAGCCUUUGGGAUGUCCUUGAGAGUGGCAGAAAUGUCAUGACACCAUACCCCGAGUCUCGACUGAAGAACAUCGAUGCUUUCCACGAGGCAGACUCUGAUGCCCGAAAUAAUCUACCAUCAACAGGAGCUCACUUCUUGAAGGGAGAUCCUGCUGCUUUCGAUGCACCAUUCUUCUCCAUCACAUCCAAAGAGGCGGCCGCCAUGGACCCUGCCCAGCGCAUGCUGCUUGAAACAGCGUAUCGAGCCCUAGAAAAUGCUGGGAUUCCACUCGAGCAUGUCGCAGGCACCAACACAGCAGUCUUCUCUGGUUCCAUGAUAGAGGAUUACAUGAGAAUCACGGUCAAGUGUCCCGAUGAGGCCCCGACACAUAUGACCACUGGUACAUCGCCGGCUCUAUUAGCCAACAGACUCGGUUGGUUUUUCGACCUCAGGGGACCAAAUGUGCAAGUAGACACUGCUUGUUCAUCGAGCAUGACCGCCACACAUCUAGCCUGUCAGAGCUUACAGAGAGGAGAAGCUUCUAUGGCACUAGUCACUGGAUCCAACCUCAUAUUGAGCGCGGAGAUGUCCAUGUACCUUGGCAACCUCAACCUCCUGUCCAAGGACAGUCUUAGCUACAGCUUUGACGAGCGAGCGAAUGGAUAUGCACGAGGCGAGGGCAUUGUAGUGCUUGUGAUGAAGAGGCUCAGUGAUGCCAUAAGAGAUAGAGAUGUCAUUCGCGGAAUCAUCAGAGCAACAGGAGCGAAUUCAGAUGGUCGAACACCGAGUGUCACUCAGCCAAGCGUCACCGCCCAAGAGGAGCUCAUCAGAGGCAUACACCAUAGAUACAAUCUUGGUCUUGAACCGACACGCUAUGUAGAAGCUCAUGGUACGGGAACGCAACUUGGAGAUACAACCGAAAUGAAGGCCCUGGGUAGAGUCUUCAAGUCGACCCGUUCUCGAAAAGAGCCUCUCUUUGUAGGCUCGCUCAAGGCAAACUUUGGCCACACAGAGGGCGCCAGUGGCCUUGCCAGCAUUCUCAAGUGCAUCAUGAUCCUCGAAAAGGGCAUCAUUCCACCCAAUGCAUUGCUCGAGAAGCUGAACCCCAAGAUACCCUCGAGGCUCGGCAUUAUACAGGUUCCUACAAAAUGCAUCACUUGGCCAAGUGACGGUCUGCGCCGAGUUUUGAUCAACUCAUUUGGGUUCGGUGGCUCCAAUGCACACGCCAUCAUGGAUGAUGUGCGGAACACCUUAGAAAGUCUCGCUACCAACGAGGCUCGCCGCGCUCUAACCAUCUUGCCGCUUCCGAGCCCGACACAGAAUGGAAAUGGCAUCCCAAACGGUGAUGGAAUACCAAAUGGUCAUCAAAUCCCAAGCGGUGAUGAAACUCCAGUUUGUGCCAAUGGAACAAGUCCUCUGUCCGUUAAUUGCAGCCAGAAGCCCAUCCCAAAGGGAAUCGCGCGGGCAAAGUCCGAGAAUGAGGCGGCCAACCAUGUGCGUUCCUACCACACACAUUCAAAGUACGAGCUGCUCGUGUGGUCCGCGAGGGACGAGGCCGCAUUGACAACCAUUUUGCAAGACCACGAGCGGUACUUCGCAGCCAACAUCCAUGGGCCCGGCCAUAGACUGGAGCAAUUUGCUUACACUCUUGCCGCUCGGCGCAGCGUCAUGAACUGGAGAUGCUUUGCUGUAGUGGGUAUGGAUGACAUAAAUGAGGGCCCUGCCAGGUUCCGGCUUUCCAAACAAGUCCGAGUCUCUCGUGAGAAGGCCGUAGCCUUCGUUCUCACCGGCCAAGGGGCCCAGUACGCGCGCAUGGGACUGGAACUCCUACGAUACCCCGUUUUCCAGUCCUCGCUAAUCAGGGCAAACAAGGUCUUCUCCGAAAUGGGAUCUGGAUGGUCUGUUAUAGACGAGCUACAGCAGGGUACACAGCUUCACACACCCGGGAUCAGCCAGCCUCUGUGCACAGCUCUCCAGCUUGCUCUCAUUGAUCUGCUUGACACAAUUGGUCUUAUUCCGCAAGUCGUGGUCGGCCACUCGUCAGGAGAAAUUGCCGCGGCGUAUUCCGCCGGAGCACUGUCAUUUGAGUCGGCUUGCAAAGUCGCGUUCCACAGGGGCCGACUUACAGAGCAACUGGUAGAAUCGAUGAGGGAAGACCCCGGUGCUAUGAUGUCUGUUAAUAUCCCGGAAGCCCAUGUCGAUUCCUACCUGGAGCGUGCCGGGCUGGAAGUGAGACCGAGUGCCAGGGUAAUACAUGUCGCGUGUAUCAACAGUCCAACUAACGUGACUCUGUCUGGCAACGAGAAGGCCAUUGAUGGACUGAAAAUCUGCCUUGACAACGAUGGAAUAUUCAACCAGAAAUUGAACACAGGGGUCGCUUACCAUUCACCCGCCAUGCAAGCCAUCGCCGAGGAGUACCUCGCAAGUAUCGACUCUCUCAAGGCACGACCUUCAGCCUGCAAAACGGCCAACUUCAUGGUAUCCUCAGUGACUGGGCAAAGCAUCUCACCAACUUCACUAUCGGAUGGGCAAUACUGGGUGGAUAACCUAGUAUCACCUGUCCGAUUUGCCGAUGCACUACAAUACAUCGUCCUUGGGGCAACUAAGAUGGAUCACGGUCUGAAGACGGUGACGGAUUUCCUUGAAGUUGGACCCCACGCAGCUCUGCGAAGGCCUGUGCAAGACACUUUGAAGCAGGCCAUUGGCAGCGCCAGCUUCAGAUACGCAUCCCUACUGUCCAGGUUCGAGUCGCCAGUGAAGAGUAUGCUCAACGUAAUAGGAUCGCUCUUCACCCAUGGAUACCCAGUCUCCAUCAUGACGGCAAUGCAAAAAGCUGAAGACAGCGAGACACAUCCAGCAUACCUAAGCGAUCUUCCCCAGUAUCCCUUUGACCACUCCCGACUGUACUGGCACGAGUCCCGUAUCAGCCGCGAUUGGCGCUUCCGUGCGGCCGUCCCGAGGACAGUCUUGGGCACACAGUCGCCCGAUUGGAAUCCGCUACUCCCUCGAUGGCGAAAGCUGCUGAGUGUGGAGGACAUGCCGUGGAUUGCAGAUCAUGUAAUUGACAGCAGCAUCUUAUUCCCAGCGGCAGGGAGUAUCAUGAUGGCUUUAGAGGCUGUGAAGCAGAUGGCCAAUCCUCAUAAACACAUCCUCGGCUACUUCGUCAAAGAAGCUUCUUUUACAAGCCCUAUCAUCGUCCAUCGAGAUCGAACAACCGAAGUGACGACAGCCCUGCGCCCUCUCAGCGAGGCCUACGAGAAGACUUCUCAGCGCUUCCAAGUUCAGCUACUCGCUUAUAUCGACACAUUCUGGAGCGAAUGUUUCAAUGCCACCAUCCACAUUCAAUAUGAAGAUCCACAUACCGAGGUCGACGGAGGACAAGAAGCAGAACAUGAAACUCAGCGCCUUACUCAACGCUAUAUGCAAGCUAAGGAUGGUUCAACCAGGCACAUCGACAAGCGCAGAUUUUACCAGUGGCUGGAUGAACAAGGCCUGAAAUAUGGCAAGCAGUUUUCAUUGGCUGAUGAUGUGUACUGGGACGGCCAUGCGCAGUCGUUAGCAAAGGUCAAUGUUGAACCCCCCAUGGAAGCUUAUGCUGGUACUGUUCACCCCGCUGUCUUCGAUGCGGCCUGCCAGGUCUGCUACGUCGCUCCGUCAGGAGGCAUGUCGGAAUCCUUGCCAGUCAUCGUCCCCCACAGGAUGCGGUCUACCUGGAUUUCGGCCAAGGGGUGGCAGUACCCCGAGACGAAGCAAAUUAGGGUGGCGACGGAGUCGAGGUUGAAAACCGUCGGUUCUGGCAUCCAGGCGUCGGCCGUGAUCCUGGGCGACGACGGAUCGCCGCUCUGCUACGUUGAUGAUUUUGAGCUUUCUCCUGUUCUGAGCAGCGAUGCAAGCGACAGUGCCAAGAAGGCAAAGUCACUGCAUCGUAUCGAAUGGAAACCACAGCUGUCUUUGCUCGGCUCAGAUGCGUUGCAGACCUACUGCGGUGGUCGCUCUUCUGGGGGCGAGGAUGGACCUGCAGACGAAGAACUUUCCAAGCUCAGGAAAAGACUGCAGUCUAUUGUGCAAGUAAACGCUCCAAAGCUAAGGGAUUUGGAUCUGUCAACGCUACCCCUUCAUAUUCAAAAAUAUGUGCUAUGGGUUCUCAGCCAAGACGAGUCAUUUCAAGACAGCGCAGUGGCAACCCUUGCUGAACCAAGCCCAAAUCUCAUUCCAGAGGAUCUAUUGAAACGACCAUCCUGGAGGAUCUUCUCAGAGAUCUCCCAGUAUCUAGCUGACAUUAUCGAUGGCACAUGCGAUUCAAAUGCACAGCUGCCCUCGCUACCAGCGAUCCAGGACUUCCAUCAAAGUCUCCUUGCCCGUGUCUGCGAUGCCAGACUAGCUCGUUUCCUGGACCUUUUAGUGCAUCAAUCCCCCGGGCUAAAGAUCCUGGAGAUUGGCUCUGGGGGUGACCUAAGAGCAAUCAAUGGUUUCCUGUUGUCUGCACUUACCGAAGUCGAGCGUCGAACGGGUGGAGUCGCCUUUGCUGAAUACGUGUACACUGACGCGUCUGCGGAGUGUCUCGACCAGGCCCUAGACUCACUAAAAGAUCACAAAGAUCGGGUGGUAUGCAAAACCUUAGAUUUCAAUGGAGACACGCCCGAGCAAGGCUUUGAGGCAGGUUCGUUUGACUUGAUCGUGGCUUGCUAUCUUUCUCGUACAGCCAGCAAUUUGUCAGCAACUCUGCGAAACAUUCGACGUGUCUUAAAGCCAGAGGGUCAUCUUCUUCUAUUUGACAUUACUGCGACGGAUCCUCUCAUCACAAACUUCGCCUUUGGAGUCCUGCCGAGGUGGUGGUCUUCUGAGAAUGAGAAGACCCAUUUUGAGAGACCUUCCAUGACAGACGCUCACUGGCAUUCUCUACUGCAAGCAAAUGGAUUCUCUGGAAACGACCUGGUCAUAAGAGACUACGAGCCCGAUCCUGCGCAUCACGCGAGUGUCAUCCUCUCAACUGCCAUCGAUGCGCCCACAACCUCACAAUCCGUCACUCAAGGCAGGGCACUGCUGGUCGUGGAUGAUGACAACGAAUUCCAGAGGAGUGUGGCAACAACCUUGGCCACGGAUAUUUCUGCCUCAAGCGGGCGCCAGACUCAUAUAUAUCCCGUCACUGCUUGCGGAGAAGCCAAAGUGGUAGGAAGCGAUUCAGUGGUGUUCCUCGCAGACAUGGGCAGUCCUUUCCUGGCCAAUGUCCCCGAGCCCACAUUCGAUCUCGUCAGAAGCUGGGUACACCAGGCAAGCAACCUAUUAUGGGUUGCUUCUGGGGAUAUUCAGGACACUUCGUCAUCAGCAAGCCAAUUCGCCCACUCUGGUCUCAAGGAUGGGUUCCUUCGAACGCUUCGCACUGAGUUCGGCGACAAGCUCAUCGUAAAUCUGUCGCUGGAGGAGCUCGGGCAGAAUGAAGGCAGCGCCGCCAGUGCUGCCAGGCAGAUCGCCAAGAUUUGGGACUGCGCAUUCAUUGCUGCUGCUCCAAGUGCGUCUCCGUCCGCCGAGAUCCAGUACCGCAUCCAGAACGGAGAAUUCUUAGUGCCACGCCUAGUCGAGGACAUCAACAUGAGCCGGGAGCUAGCCUCAUGCACUCAGCCUGAAACGCGGACCGAGCCAUGGCUCCCAGGACCGCCGCUGAGGCUGGACAUGGGGAUGCGUGGACAGCUCGAGACGCUGCGUUUCGAGGAAGACACAGAGUAUCACAGCGCGCCUCUGGCGCCAGGCGACGUCGAGAUCGAGGCCCGGGCGUGGGCCGUCAACUUCCGCGAUAUGUUCGGCGCGCUGGGGCGGCUGGAGCACGAGGCCUUCUCGUUUGGGACGGACUGCGCUGGCGUGGUCACCAGGGUCGGCCGAGGUUGCUCCAAGGUCAAGCCGGGAGACCGCGUCUGCAUGUUCUUGUUCGGUUGCAUGCGCAUGUACCCCCGGGCAGUCGAGCGCCACAUCGUCCCCAUCGACGAUUCGCUGUCGUUCGAGGAGGCCUGUGCCGUGAUCAAUCCUGCACUCACGGCCUGGCAGGCUCUGAUGGAGGCAGCGCGUAUACGCGCGGGUGACAAGGUGCUGAUCCAUGCGGCUUCUGGGGCGACGGGGCAGUUGGCUGUGCAGGUUGCGCAGCUUGCCGGCGCCGAGGUGUUUGCGACUGUGGGUUAUGACCAUAAGAAGAAGCUGCUGAUCGAACAGUAUGGCAUUCCAGAGGACCAUAUCUUCUACAGCAGAAACACCUCGUUCGCAAGCGGGAUCAAGCGGGUGACAGGGGGCUACGGCGUCGACGUUGUUCUCAACUCGCUGGUGGGAGAAGGCCUGCGUGCGUCGUGGGAAUGCAUAGCCCCUUAUGGACGAUUUAUAGAGAUUGGGAAAGCUGACAUCAACGCGAACUCGUCGCUGCCUAUGGGGCAAUUCGCAAAGAAUGUGAUGUUCUGCGCGGUCGACCUGGGCCACAUCUCAAAUGACACGGGUAGCAGGGAGCUAGCAAGCAGCCUCUUGGAGAAGGUCAUGAGCCUCGCUGCCGACGGCAGUAUCUAUUAUCCUCGGCCUUUGCAUGUGUUUGAUGUGGGCGCGGUGGAAGAUGCCUUCCGUCAUUUCCAGAGCGGCCACAGCGCGGGUCGGAUUGUCAUCCGAGUGGAACGCGACAUUCAAGUCCAGAAGCAUCUAAUCCACCAGAGGAUCUGGUCAUGCAAGACUGAUGCCUCCUACCUCGUCGUUGGAGGGCUCGGAGGGAUCGGUCGAUCCAUUCUCAGGUGGCUAGUGAAGCGGGGAGCGAAGUACCUGAUCGUCCCAUCGAGAUCAGGAUUAGCAGAUUCUGGACCUGCUACUGAUGUCGUAAGAGAGCUUCGAGAGCAAGGCACCAUGGUGGUGACACCAAAGUGUGAUGCCUCGUCUCUCGACUCAAUCGCAUGUGUGCUGGACGAGUACGGUAGAACGAUGCCAGCGGUCCGUGGAUGCAUCAAUGCAGCCAUGGAGCUGAACGACUCCAUUUACGACAACAUGACCCAUGAGCAGUGGUCUAAUACCAUCCGCUCCAAGGUCCCGACCUCUUGGAACCUUCAUCUUCUACUUCCAGAUGUUGACUUCUUCAUCAUGUUAUCGUCUGUCGCCGGAAUCCUGGGGCAUUCAGGCCAGGCCAACUACGCAGCCGGUUGUACGUUCCAAGACGCGCUGGCCCACUACAGAAUGUACCACGACCAGAAUGCUCUAUCCAUUGACCUUGGCGUAAUGGGAGAUAUCGGUGUCGUGGCAGAGAGUGAGGGGCUGCAGCGACACUUCGAGCGGACCCAAGGCCUCGAUGCGAUAUCUGAGAACGAGUUCCUUGCCCUGCUGGACAUGUGCUGCGACCCCGCGAGGCCCACGAUCGCUUGCGAUGCCUCCGCAAGUCAGUUGCUCGUGGGCCUCACGACACCGGCCGAGAGGAUUUCCCGUAUGCUAGAGCCCCUAGAACCUCUCGAGCGCCCGCUAUUUUCCUACUUCAAGUGGCCCCGAGGCGGCGCCAUGCAGAACGCUGGCUCUUCAGGCGGUGAUGCCGUCGCGGUCGCGGAGUUGUUCCGGCAGGCGGAUUCACCCGAGGACCGAGCCGCUGUGGUUGUGGAUGCUCUCGUCAACAAGCUGGCUCGAGCACUCACCAUCAAACCUGUUGAUUUGGACGUGACGCAACCUCUGCAUGCCUUCGGCGUAGACUCUCUUAUUGCGGUGGAGCUACGGAACUGGAUGGGGAAACAGUUUGCCGCAGAUGUGCCGGUCUUUGAAAUUAUGGGUGGUAGCACUGUGCUAGCCGUUGGAGAGCUAGUGGUAAAAGUUAGCCACAUUAUAAGAAAGGCUUAGAGUAUAAUUAUAGAGAGAAGUUAGUCUAGUAUUUAUAUUUAUAAAGUAACUUUUAUAUUAAAUUUAUUAAAUUUAAAA